AUGUAUCAUAGAUAUGAUAAUGUGGCCCAAUCUGCUAUAGCCCAAAACCAGCCAAGCAAUGGUGGCUCCAAGAAACCGAGGAGGAAGAAGACAAGAACUAAGGCUGUGCUAGUCAACCAGCUAAGGGGCGAACAGACUGAAGUAGACAUAAAGUCUAUUAAACAAACGAAGCGUGAGGGCGUUCUUCUAGAAAUAGGUCGCAAGACUGAAGACACUGCUGCUUUCACGGCUGCGAUAAAAACAGCAACUGCUAAUAUCGGUACAGUCAGAACGCUCACACCAAAAACAACGAUCGAGAUACUUGACUUGGAUGGAAUCUCUACUGAGAGCGACAUCCAUGAAGCACUCAAACGUGAAUUCACUGACAUCAGCCUGGAGAUCAAACGGGUAGAGGGCAGUAGAGCUCAGUUUUCAGCUUCUAAGCCUGCUCAGGAAAAGCAUACUUCAAGAGUCAAUAAUCUUUCGCAGCAAGCAUUUGCAGCUUCGACCUAUGAAGCUUCCUGCGUAUUUUGUAAUGAAAAUGGUCAUCAAGUUUAUAGCUGUAACCAGUUUGCAGCCUUAACUCCUUACGCUCGUUUCGAGGCAUCAAGGAAUGGUGGCUGGUGUACUAAUUGCCUGAAAAAAGGACAUCGUUCUUCGAAAUCACCCAAAACUCAAGUUUCAUCGCAUUUUGCAGCAAAUUGCACUAAUAUGCAAGCUCAAACAUCUUCUCAAGCCUUAUUAGCCAUCGCCUUAGUUGAUAUUGUCAACCAUCAAGGCAAAAGUAGAACCUGUCGUAUAUUUUUAGAUGCAGGUUCACAAGCGCAUUUCAUAACUGAGGAGAUUGCUAACUUUUUAAAUCUCAUUAAAAAACCAGCUAACAUAUAUGUUACUGGAAUUAACAAUACAUCGACUAUUGUUAAAUUUCUACUCAAGCGACAUUGCGAUCCAGAGUUAAUUAGUCAUGCAAUGCCAACUAUUUCAAUUAAUCAUAUAGAGCUUGGCAUGCCGAAAAACAUAAAAUUAGCAGAUCCAGAAUUCUUCAAGCCUUCGAAAGUUGAUGCUCUAAUUGGUGUUAAAUUAUUUUACAAAUUGCUUAGUAUUGGACAAAUUUCUUUGAAAAAAUAUCCUAAUGCUAUUUUACAAAAAACUCAACUAGGCUGGAUGGUGGCUGGUGAAGUCAGUCUGUCUCCUCAACCUUCCAGAAUAUCUUGCCAUGUAUCGAUACAUUCUGAUCCUCCUGAUGUAAAUUUAACCCGUUUUUGGGAAAUUGAAGAGCUUUCCUCUGUUUCAACGCUAUCAUCGGAAGAGAAGGCUUGUGAGGAGCAUUACGCUCUUCAUACGAAAAGGCAUCCAGACGGAAAAUAUGAAGCUAGAUUGCCAUUUAAUAGCAAGAAAUCCACAUUAGGUGAAUCAUACUCAACCGCAUUGAAGCGCUUUUAUGCUUUGGAGCGUCACAUGUCCCUUGCAGAGAACCAGGAUUCCAGAGUCACUGGUUAUUUUUUGCCCCAUCAUGCUGAUGACUUAUUUAUUAUUCUAAUACGUUUUCGAUUUCAUAUCAUUGUUUUUACGGAUGAUGCUGAAAAAAUGUAUCGACAGGUUAUUGUUAACUCGGAAGAUGCUCAAUAUCAAAAAAUACUUUUUCGUCGAGAAACUUCCGAGCCUAUUCGUACUUAUGUACUUAAUACAGCUACUUAUGGCACAGCCCCAGCUUCUUAUUUAGCUAUCAAAACAUUACUUCGAUUAGCUGAUGACGAGGAGGAACACUUUCCGUUAGCAGCUAAAAUAUUGCACAGAGAUUUUUAUGUGGAUGAUUGUCUGUCUGGUGCAAAAACUGUUGCCGAAGCAAUCGCUCUGCGCGAUCAGCUCAUUGCUAUGUUAAAAAAGGGUGGAUUCAAUUUAAGAAAAUGGGCAUCUAAUCACCUUGCGCUACUUAUCAAGGAUCAAGAGCAUCCGGAAAGCUCGCACAUGUCGUUAGAUCCUGAUUCAGCCACGAAAACGUUAGGCAUUCGUAGGCAUGCUCGUGACGAUUAUUUCUUCUAUGUCGUAAAUGUUUCUAAUCAGAGUAAUAUUACUAAAAGAACCAUCUUGUCUCAAAUUGCAAAGCUUUUCGAUCCUAUUGGGCUCCUAGGUCCCAUUAUAGUACACGCUAAAAUUAUCAUGCAGCUUUUGUGGAAAAUUGGUGCUGCAUGGGAUGAAUCUAUUCCCAUCGAAAUUCAUUCCUCUUGGUCUAAUUUCCGAAGCCAGCUUCCACUCAUAGAAAAAUUGUGCUUUCCUCGUGCAAUUACUUUACCUGACGUAAUAAAAUCACAACUGCAUGGAUUUUGUGAUGCUAGUGAAAAGGCUUAUGGUGCGUGCCUAUAUUUGCGCUCAAUUGACUCUAAAGGGCAGGUGUGUAUUCGUUUGAUAUCCUCCAAAUCACGCGUUGCCCCAGUCAAACCUCUCACACUGCCGAGGCUAGAACUCUGUGCUGCAUUAUUACUUGCUCGACUUUAUUAUGCUGUGAAACCAGCUAUUCUCUCGGAUGCAUAUGAGUCAUAUUUGUGGUCAGGUUCUACUAUCGUGUUGCACUGGAUAAAUACUCAAGCUCAUCGCCUAAAAACUUUUGUAUCAAACCGUAUAUCAGAGAUACAGACCCUCACAUUUUCUUGUCACUGGCGGCAUGUUUCAUCUCAAGACAAUCCCGCCGAUCUUAUAUCGCGUGGUCAACUUCCAUCAGACUUUGUUGAAGCUUCCAUUUGGUUUGAUGGACCUUUAUGGUUAGCCAAGGAUAUUUCUUUAUGGCCCAAUGGAGUUCUGACUCCAAUAGUUAUUCCCGAGUUGAAACCUAUAACUCCAAAUACAUGUUGCAGCGCCUUGACGUCAUUUCCACAGGUAGACUUCACAGAUACACAAGUGAAUCGGUUGUCAGCAUGGCAACAUGCUCAGCAGCUCAAACAGCAUUUCUGGAAACGUUGGCACAAAGAGUACCUGCAUCAGCUGAUGAAAUUCUCUGGAAUUCAACGGUAA